GAUCACUGACAGCUCACCGGCAGCCUGGCUUAGAGUGGAGGCCUACGGGAGAAUUCUCCAUUGAUUAUAUACAAGUUGCAAUAAUUAAAAUCCAAUUGGAUGAAUAUUUUAACAUUAAUAUGAGAGGUCUUCGUUGUUAUUCAAGUUUUCACUCCACUGUUUUUCUCUCAUUCUCUCCUUCCUGCUACUACUUGUACUAGCUUUCUCCAUUAACUCUCUGUGAAUCUUUGACUGUUCAACUGAGCUAACUACUGAUGGCUGAACUUGUGGCCGGGGCUCUUCUCUCUGCUUCUUUUGAUUUUUUGCUAGAAAAGAUUGCUUCUCCUCUUGUUGCGCAGUUCUUCACGGGAAAUAAAAGUUUUGUUUCUGAGAGGCUUUUCAAGUUGAAGUCAACAUUCAAUUGUCUCGCUGCGGUUCGCUUCGAAGUAGAGAACAAGAAAAUAAAAAACCCUGCGGUGGAGAAGUGGCUGGAUGAUCUUCUGGAUGCUGUCGAAGAUGCAGAGGACUUCUUUGGCGACAUUGAAUAUGAUGCUCUCAGACCCAAGAAAGCCGAGCCAAAUAAAGCGAGAGGAAAGGCAAGUAAGUUACUUUCUUGUUUCUCCAAACAUUCUAAUUCUACUAAUCGUGUAAGGAAUACCAAUAUGGAAGAGAUUCUUAGGAGGUUGGAGUACUUGGCAAAUCAAAUUGGAAACCUGAAUCUAGAAAAGAACAUUGUUGAGGUGAAACCAUCGGAAAGAUCACUUGUUAAAACUUCUCUGCCGGAUGAACCUCAAGUUUAUGGUAGAGAGAAUGACAAGGAUGCUUUAGUGAAGUUGUUGGUGUCAGAUGAUGUGGGUAGUGAAAAGAUAUGUGUCAUUCCCAUAUUGGGAAUGGGUGGAAUUGGAAAAACCACCCUUGCUCAAAUCAUUUUCAAUGAUGAAGGAGUGAGGAACAUGUUUGAAUUUAAGGUUUGGGUGUACGUUUCAGAUAAAUUUGAUGCCAUGGUUGUGACAAAAACAAUUCUUCAACAAGUAGCUCCGGGCGAUGCUCGCAGUGACAUGGAUUUGAAUUCACUUCAAGUUAAUUUGACCAAAAAGUUAAUGGGAAAGAAGUUUUUUAUUGUUCUAGACGAUGUUUGGGAAGAGGAUUAUGUUCAAUGGACAGAAGUGAUGAAGCCUUUCAAUGAUGGGGCAAGAGGCAGCAAAAUAGUAGUAACAACAAGAAAUGAAAAAGUUGCAGAUAGCAUUCGAACUGUUGGUACGCAUUGUCUUAGAGAAUUAUCAAAAGAAGAGUGUUGGGAACUAUUUAAAAAGCAUGCUUCUCGUGGAAAUCUUAGAAUGUUUGUCGAGAAUCCAAAAUUGGAAACUAUCGGCAGAGAAGUUGCUAAGAAAUGCAAUGGCUUGCCUUUAGCUGCUAAAGUUUUAGGAGGUCUCUUGAGAUCGACGUUGGAUGCUAAGAGAUGGGAACAAAUAGCAAAGAGUAAUAUUUGGGAGCUGACGGAUAAAAGGAGUAAGAUUCUUCCUGCUGCUUUAGAAGUGAGUUACUACUAUCUUCCUCCACACUUAAAAAAGUGUUUUGCUUAUUGUUCAAUAUUUCCGAAAGGCUAUGAAUUUCAAAGACAGGAGUUGGUCUUAAUAUGGAUGGCUGAAAAUCUUGUGAAGCAUUCUGAUGGGAAUAGAAGAGUGGAAGAAGUUGGUGAUGAGUAUUUUGAUGAUUUAGUAUCUAUGUCAUUUUUUCAACUAAAGAUCAAAUACUCUAAUCUACCUUAUUUUGUUAUGCAUGAUCUUCUAAUUGAUUUGGCUAGUGGUGUUUCUGGGAAAUAUUGUUGUUUGUUAGAGCAUGGUGAAGAUAUUGAUAAGUUCGAGAAGAAGACGUGUCACCUUGGAUGUGUCAAAAAGCUCCUUGAACGUAGUAAUAAGAUAUCUAAUUAUGAUUUUGAAGCUACACGUUUGCGAACCUUCUUAACAUUACGUUCAUUUGUUUCUAAUAUUUGUAUUUCUAAGGAAGUAGUUCAUAAUUUGCUAUCAAGGUUGAAAUGUUUGAGAGUUUUAUCUUUUUGUCAACUCAAUAUGACUGAGUUAUCUGAUUCAGUUGGUGAACUAAAACAUCUUCGCUAUUUAGACCUUUCUGCCACCAACAUUGUGAUUUUGCCUGAAUCUGUUACUGUAUUAUACCAUCUACAGACAUUGAAGUUGAAAGAUUGUUGUAAACUGAAAACUUUGCCUAAAAACAUGCAUCAUCUCAUUAACUUGAGACAUCUUAUUGUCGAUGGAACUAGCCUUGUCGGGAUGCCAUGCCAAAUAAGUAAAUUGACAAAUCUCCAAAUGUUGACAACAUUUGUUGUGGGAAAAGAUAGUGGAGCCAAAAUAGAAGAGUUGGCAAAACUUUCAAGUCUUCAAGGAGAUCUAUCCAUCAAGAAGUUAGAAAACGUGGUCAGCAUCACAAAAGAAUCGAAUCAAGCCUAUGUACUAGAUAAGAAGCAACUGGAGAACCUGAGUUUGGAAUGGUUUCAUGAUAAUAAUGAUGUUGAUGAUCCAAAACAUGAUGAGGAUGUACUGGACAUGCUUUCACCAAAUAAAAUGUUGAAUCAACUCAAGAUUCUUCAUUACCCAGGCACAAAAUUUUCAAACUGGGUGGGGGAUGUUUCGUUUUGCAACAUUGUUGAAGUAAGGCUUGAUGGGUGUCAGCGUUGCUCCAAUUUACCACCACUUGGGCAACUGCCUUCGCUAAAACAUCUUUACAUUUCCAAUUUUCAUUCGAUAGUGAGGAUAGGUGCUGAGUUCUCAGGGAAUAGUUCUUCAAAAAAGCCAUUUUCAUCGUUGGAAACCUUAAGCUUCAAGAACAUGUCAUCAUGGGAGCAAUGGAAUUCAAUGCAAACAGAAGAUGCCGCAACAUACGGAAAGCUCAAAACACUUGAGAUUUCUUGUUGUCCUAAGCUUAUCAAGGAUUUGCCUCACUUCCUUCCUUCAUUAACAAAGAUUGAAAUUGAUGCACAUAAGCAAUCUGCAUUAUCUAUCCCAAGAUUACCAUGUGUUAGUGAAAUGAGAAUUAUAAAAUUGGAUAAUGUAGAGUCAGUGUUCGAGGUAAUAAAGCCAAUGACACCUUCUUCUACUGGAAGUUUGCCUACUGCCACUCUCACUCUCACUCCACUCUACCACUACCCUCAUCUUCAGUCUCUUUUUUUGGAUGGUUGCGGUGAAUCCUUUAGAUCACUCCAUAUGGAUUUAUUUCUCAAUAUCAGAAGACUUGAAAUUCAUUCUUGCAACUAUUUUGAAGCUCUCUCAAUGUCUGAUGGGAAAUGUCACGAACUGACAUCUCUAUCUAAGCUAGUAAUUCGAUUUUGUCCUUGUUUUGUAUCUUUCCCAAAUGGUGGACUCAUUGCUCCCAAACUGAGUUACUUUUGGAUUUCUUGGUGCCCUAAAAUGAAGUGGUUGCCAGAGAAGAUGACUUCCCUCUCGUCUUUGGAAACUUUGGAGAUCAAUGGUUGUCCAUUGAUAGAGACUAUUCCUGAAGGUGGUAUGCCCAGUAGUUUGUCAACACUUCGUAUAUGCUAUGAAUUUUUGAGGGCGAAAUGGAAUUGGCAAACAUUACCCCAUCUUAAGAAUAUUAUAACUUUUGGAGAUGGAGAGGAAUCAUUUCCAGGAGAAGGGCUACUGCCUGCCAAUAUUACCAAUCUUGGUGUAUCAUUUUCAAAACUUAAAUGGCUGAACAAAAGUGGGCUUAGUCAACUCUCCUCCUUGCAAACACUUCAAGUCUGGAACUGCCCUGAGUUGCAAACAUUGUCAGAAGAAGGGUUUCCAACCUCCCUCGAGUUUUUGAACAUAUGGGAAUGCCCUCUGUUGACGAAAAUUUAUGACCCAAAAGAGAGUGAGAAUAACAAGUACUGGAGCAGGAUUAGUCACAUACCCCAAGUCACAAUUGAUGGAGCUACCACUUAUAAUCCAUCACAUCCCAAUCAUCCAAACAACAACUGUGGUUGAUUUUAACUGAUUGAUUGAGCUUCGCCAUUCUUUCACCACUCUACCCCUACCGUCCUCUUCAUAUGCUUUCUUUGAGUGAGUGUGGAUCAUUCUUUAUAUCCCUUCAUAUGGAUGUAUUUCCCAAUCUUGAAAUUCUUAAAUUGAAGUGGUUGCCAGAGAAGAUGACUUCCCUCUCAUCUUUAAAAGAUUUGUGGAUCAUUCAUUGUCCGUUGAUAGAGACUUUGCCUGAAGGUGGUCAACCCAUUACUUUGUCUCCACUUGAUCUAUCUUCUCAACUUUUGACGAUGCAAAGGAAUUGGCAAACACUACCCCUUCUUACAAUUGUUACAAUUUAUGGAGAUGCUACUGCCUGCCACUAUUUUCAGUCUUUCUAUCAGAGGAUUUUCUAAACUUAGCGGCCUAGACAAAAAUGGGCUUCCACAACUCACUUCCUUGAGAAUACCUGAAAUCGAUGACUGCCCUGAGUUGCAGACAUUGCAAGAAGAAGGGUGUCCAACCUCCCUUGCCACUUUGUCGAUAAAAAAUUGUCCUCUACUGAAAAGAACUUACCACCCGGAGUGUGAGAUUAGUCACAUACCCUAUGUCUAUUUUGAUUGAGCUUGCAUUUGCUUUCCAUAACAUCCUAAUCAGCCACACAACAACUGCUCCGAUUGAUUUGAAUUGAGCUUAACCAUGCUUUCAAUACUUAACCAAUAUCUAUUCGCUAAAGCCUAGCUUAGCACAGUCCCAGAUUUGUUUAACUUAUUGUUCUUUCAAUGUUAUUCAACGGAUAUGUAAUCUGAGACUGGAACCAUUUGUGCAUGGACUGUUUAGAAUCCUAUUUUUCUGAAAGAGCAAGAUAUCAGAUUUGAAUUGUAAAUGGCUGUGGGAGCCAACACCACAUGUUUUUGGUGAACUAACUGAAGUUCUUUCAAACAAUGGUGUGCGUGAGAUACCUGUUAAAUGCCCAGUUUGCAAAAGUUUUGUGAACUCCCGAAUUCAUCAGUUCAACUUCAAAUGAGAAAGGUGUAUAUAGCGAAGGCCAGUUUUGAAUCGACGAACCUUCCUUUUCCUGAUGGGCUUCUUCUUACAAGGUCUUAUGUGUACUCAGAAUCUGAGAGUGGAGUGAUUUGUGCUUAGAUUGCUUAGAAUCCUAUUUUUCUGUAAUAGCAAGAUUUGAAUUGCAAAUGACUGUGAGAGGCAAUACUUUCAAGGAAGCUCUUGACGAGUCCGUUGAUAUGAUUUAGAUUAUGAUAUAGGAUUGUUUGAAAGAAUUUAUUCAACAAAUGGUGUGUUGUAGAUACUUGAAUGGCCUAAUUAGCACAAGUUUAUGUACCCCCAAUUCAUCAGGAAACUUUUCUUGGUUGCAAAAUGCUUGAGCAGAUCAACGAGUAUUAGAGCUGCAAUAGAUGAAAGUCACGAGUUCAGAAUGACCAAAUAUCAAAAUGGGAAUCCAGUGCAAUUCACAACUGGAUCAGGCAGUGAUUUAUGUUAUGAAUUCAAGAGAUUGAAGGAACUCUGGGAAAAGCUAUAAGACUCGGACAAUCUUCGAUAUGCAAAGUGGUGGAACAUCCUCCUUGGAAGGCAUGGGGUAUAAUAAUUAACUACUAGUUCAGGCUGAGGGCAUUCUCUAAUGAUCAUCAAUGAUUAAGGGAGAUAUUUCGGAAAGGCUGGAGAAAGGUAGCUUCCGCAACAUGAAACAAGUUAUGUUCGUGUUAGAUUGUAAUUUGGUUAUUUUGGUUUUUGUGGGUUUAGGCUUGUUUAGAUUUGGUCUUUCAUUUUUUUAAAGUAUUGUCUGGAUUUUAUUAUUGUUAUGAUGCAUGAGAUGUUUUCUAUAUCUUUAUGUAAUUUUCAAGUGUCCAAUUUGUAACCCCGGUUUUCCUCCGCCAUAAGCGAGGACUUUUAAUAAAUUUGGGAGGAGGUCACUCAUGGACAGGUGACCUUCCUCUCUUCCUAA